UAGAGAAGCUUGUGUGCUUGUCUUGAUACUCCGCUAAAUUAGGUCGCUUUUGGAUAUUUGGAAUUAACGUUUUCUAAAAAUUGCCUGAUAGGAUUGAAAUGUUACAUUUUAGGUUUCCCACAGUGCUGAAGGAGUUGUUUCAAACCAAUCUCAAGCGUCCAUUGACUGUUUCGCGACGUAAAACGUGGUUACCGAUCUGUUACUGCUUCAGCACUGCCUCCUUGGAUGCUAAAGCCGUCUCCAGUUUGAAGGUCCUUCAUGCCGGUGUUCGCCGCCCAUUGCUGUGCGCCACACCUUGGACCACCAGGUCCUACUGCGUUAAAACCGAAGGCGCCGUUGCUUUGGAGGACCAAGUAAAGAAGGACGUUAUUAAUGGCGAACCAGCGAGUGAUAAGAGAAGAAAUGCUGGCAUUCUUCCCAGUUUGGAAGAUUUGCUUUUCUACACAAUUGCAGAGGGCCAGGAGAAGAUCCCUGCUCACAAGUUCAUCACGGCACUUAAAGCCACCGGGCUACGCACUGGAGACCCUCGACUGAAGGAAUGCAUGGAAACUCUUAAAGUUACCCUGAAGAGCACAGCUGAUGGCGUCAUGCUGGACAGGCAUCUAUUCAAGAAGUGUGUCCAGAGCAACAUUGUGCUGCUCACUCAAGCCUUCCGUAAGAAGUUUGUUAUCCCAGAUUUCCAGUCCUUCACUUCCCACAUUGAUGAAUUGUACGAGAGUGCCAAAAAGUUGUCUGGAGGACAGGUUGCUGACUACAUUCCACAGCUUGCCAAAUUUAGCCCUGACCUGUGGGCUGUCUCUUUGUGUACGGUUGAUGGACAGAGACACACAGUAGGAGACACCAAGGUCCCCUUUUGUCUGCAAUCCUGUGUUAAGCCCUUGAAGUAUGCCAUCGCUGUGCACGACCAUGGCACUGAUUAUGUGCACAGCUUCAUUGGCAAGGAACCCAGUGGCCUGCGCUUCAACAAGCUCUUCCUGGAUGAGGAUGAUAAGCCCCACAACCCCAUGGUGAAUGCUGGCGCUAUUGUUUGUACUUCGCUGAUAAAGCAAGGUGCGAGCAACGCAGAGAAGUUUGACUAUGUCAUGAACUUUCUGAACAAGAUGGCGGGAAAUGAGUAUGUGGGUUUCAGCAAUGCCACAUUCCAGUCGGAGCGUGAGUCAGGAGACAGGAAUUUUGCCAUUGGUUACUACCUGAAAGAGAAGAAGUGUUUCCCUGAGGGAACAGACAUGACGUCAAUCCUGGACUUCUACUUCCAACUGUGUUCCAUCGAGGUGACUUGCGAGAGUGCCAGCGUCAUGGCAGCCACCCUGGCCAACGGCGGUUUCUGUCCAAUCACGGGCGAACGUGUGCUGAGCCCUGAGGCGGUGCGGGACACCCUGAGUCUCAUGCACUCUUGCGGCAUGUAUGACUUCUCAGGCCAGUUUGCCUUCCAUGUGGGUUUGCCAGCAAAGUCUGGGGUAGCAGGAGGCAUCCUACUGGUCGUUCCCAAUGUGAUGGGCAUCAUGUGCUGGUCACCACCACUGGACAAGCUGGGCAACUCUGUUAGAGGCAUCCAGUUCUGCACGGACCUUGUGGAGCUCUUCAACUUCCACAACUAUGACAACCUGAGGCAUUUUGCUAAGAAGCACGAUCCUCGCAGGGAAGGAGGGGACCAACGGCAGCACACCUUUGGACCCAUGGAUUACGAGAGUCUCCAACAAGAGCUAGCUCUGAAAGCCCCUCUUUGGAAAAAGGUGUCCCCCACAGAGUCACACCAGGACAGCUCCACCACUGUAGUCUAUAGGAUGGAAAGUGUCGGGGAGCGCAACUAGAAGGGAGACUACCUACCUCCUCACCUCAACCUCUCUUCCCACCAGAUCCACCUACUUUCUCUUCUCUCCUCUGCCCCCUCUUCAACACCCUUUAAAUUCAAAUAUUUAUGUAAAUUAUAAAGAGGAUUAUUUAUUUCUUAUGAAGAGAUAUCUAUGUGGAUUGCUUUUUCUUUUCUUUUGAAAUGAAAGAUCAGUUACUGCUUUUUGUUUUUCCCCCGAUUUCCAAAUCAAAUCCCAGCCCCCGCCUCCUCGUGGCCUUAGAAUACAUAGGAUCUGAUGUACAGUAGAGCAGUUACACUUCUAAAUAAUCCCCCCCCCCCCUACCGCUGCCGCACCUACAGUUCUGUUCUUCCUUCUCCUUUUUGGCUGUUUCGAACCAUUUUAUACUUUUCAGAUUUGACAUUUGCUGAGAACUGUUGGCUGGGAAUUGAUUUGAAAUUCAGCUUUUGUCAUGUAAAAAGUGUGUGUGUGUGUGUGUGUGUGUGUGUGUGUGUGUGUGUGUGCGGGCGUGCGUGCGUGCGUGCGUGCGUGUGCGCGCGCAUAAAUAUGUGCGAGUCCAUUGAAUUACUGUAAACCACCCUUCAGACCACCAGUGUGGAAUUCAGCAGGACAGGGUGUCUGAAAGGACUGCUUAGCUCACACUAAAGCUCAAGAUACGUCACAAGAGCUGAAAACCUCAGCUCUGUCACUGAAUGUGCUUUGAUAUCCAUGCUGGCAAAUAGUAAAAGAUACGUAUUAUAGAUUGAGGAUUUAGUAGCUGGUCGAUAGGCCACAUAAACAAAUCACAUUUGGGAAUAAUUAGAUGAAGCUUUGGCGCAAAAGGCAAGUCGUUUCAUGUCUAGUGGAGAAAUUUGUUAUAUAUAUCUAUAUAGAUAUCUAUAUAUAUCUAUAUAGAUAUAUAUUAUUUUUUUUGCUGUUUGCUUGAUGGUAGUGUUAAUGCAUUGGUUAACAAGUUAUUUUCUCUACAAGGGAGAAUUUGCCAACUUUUAAACAAACACUACAAAUUGUCCAAUAACAACACAGGUAAUGUAUUCUCCCGUUUUGAAUCUCCAUUCUGGACCUCAAAAACGAAAAACAAAGUCAAACUGAAAUCAACCCUCCCAUAGGGUUUGUAUCGCUGCUAAUUAGGCUUUUUUUUUUUUUUGCUGAUCAAUAUCAUCAAAGAUUUAUAUUACGUAAAAGUGUAUUUAGCAAUUUUUCCAGAGGCGUGUUUAUAUAGUUGUCAAAAUUUCUGCUAGAAUGUUGUCUUUGCCUCUUGUAUAUUAGACAAGCUUGUCUACAGUUUAAAAGUGAAUUUUGGGAACCAAAAGAAUUAAUUUAUCCACAUCAGACUGACCGAUAAUGAUUACUUGCCACAACUGAAAUAACUAUCAUUAGAUUGUUUCAAUAAUGAAUUCUAAAGUAAAAUCCAACCCCCUUGGUAUAUGAGAAAAUUCUAUUUCAUGUUCAACCUCAUCCCUGCAUUUGGUUUGAAUGAUAAUCCGGCGAUAACGUGGAUUAUUGGCGCAAUAGAGCCAAAGAAAGUCUUACUCAAGCACAGUGUAGCCGGAUAGGAUGUUGGCUGUUUUUGAGAGUUUUCUGAGCUGCUGUUGAGUUUGGCUGAAGUAGCUUUGUAUGUGCAUCUGUGCACGUCUGAAUACAUGCCACAUUUGUCCUUGUCCGUUGACAGUAUUGACCCACCGACGCUGACGGAGGGUGUUUUCUUGGCUGUGUCCUGAAGUUGUACCUCCUCGCGGCUUCUGUGGGUUCAAAAGCCAUAACAGUUCUCAGAAAUCGUAGUGUUCCCAUGACUGUACAGUCUCAGAAAAAUUACAAUACAGCAUUUUUACACCUUGCAAAACAUACUUACAUCGACAGAGAAUGCCUUUGGCUAGAUGUAACUGUGAAUACAGCAAAUACAGCCUGAAGUAGAAAGGAGCCUUUAAGUGUAGAUUUGAAUUUAAUGGGUGGCUCAGUUAAACACUGAUAACACGGCUCUGCUUCAGAGCUGCAUCAAGCCCCCUUCAAGAGAAAAAAAAAGCUUUUUCCUUUUUAAAGAAAUCACAGAGCUCCUAGGGCAUAAAAACAAUUUUAACAUUUAAAACAGUGUUUUGGAGCUUCGUUGUAUGAUAAAACUCAAAACCGUUCCUGGAACCUGAAGUUUGAAGUGUAUCGUAUCAGGAGCCUGGAAUUGGUUAUCAACCUGAUGUAGUUGUCUGAUUUCUAGUAAUCCAGAAACAUACAUUGCCAUAUCCAGAAACGUAAGUAUUAGUACGCAUGAAAUAAACUUAACUGAUAUUCAGAAUAGAUUUUGUGAGUAACAAAACCUAUUCUGAAUAUCAUUGGUACCAUUUUUAGACUCCUUUUGGAAUUAUUGAAAGGUUAGGAUAUCUUUCUACAUACUUGCACACAUUAAGAGGUGUACCAAAACAUACAUAUUCAUAGGUGUGACAUAUACAGGUAACAUAAAAAGGUGCACUGCAAGGAAUCCCCUGGCUCCGCAGUCAAGUCAAUUUUAUUUGUAUGUAUCCCAAUAUCACAAAUUACAAAUUUGCCUCAAGGGGCUUUACAGCAACACAACAUCAACACAACAUAAGCAGUCCUAAUGAACCUAAUGUGAUACACUUAUCACAAGGCCUGUCCUAAAGGGCACCUGAGUGUAUGUAGCUUUAAGUGUGUGUGUGUGUGUGUGUGUGUGUGUGUGUGUGUGUGUGUGUGUGUGUGUGUGUGUGUGUGUGUGUGUGUGUGUGUGUGUGUCUUUGCAUCUCAUGAUGGUCAAUGGUCAACAGCAGAUCAGAAUGUGAAUUGAGUAGCUUGUACACUUAAGAUGUUCCAAAUCAUCCCAACCCCCUUCAGAGAUGUGUUGGAUAUAUUUGGACACAAGAGUCAGCGGAUGCCUUAGGGGUUGCUCCGCUGUGCUUGGGUGCAGUUUUACAUUUGAUUCAGUACAUGCUUCAAGCUGUAAAACAUGUAUUUUUAUCAAAGGCUUUGGUUUGGCUCUAAGCUAUUGUAACCAGAGCUGAAAAAACCCUGUUAUUUUUUGGAUGGGCUCCUCACAUUUUUUGUGUAGUCUGGAACCCUGCUGGUUUUUAAGUCCUUAUUUUGAAAUGGACCUUCCUCUAAAAACUGUGUUAUGCGUUUGCAGAUAUCUACUCAGUAUCCUAUAGUACAAUGCAUUCAAAAGCUUCCAUCAUUAUUAGGGUCCAGUAUAGAGAUGCUCAAGGUCUGGCGCGAAACUGCAGAGAGAAGCUCCUUUGCUCUAUAAAACACAUUUUCUCAAUGGUCUCUUCUGCAUCGAUAUAUAUAUAUACACAUACAUAAAGAUGAAUGGGGUCCAUGACUUGUAUUAAACAAUUUAAUCAGCAGAUUAAGUUGUCACAGGAGUUUUGGUAGUGAGGUAGCCAAUAACAAAAUGAAUUAUUUAGUUGCCGCAUUAGUUAAGUGACUUUAAUCCAUGCAAUGAAUUCAUUAUAAUUAAGUCACUAUAUAGUACAUAGCAAUGGGAUAGGUGUCCUUACUCAUAAUUAUUUUGUUUGCCACAUUUCCUGAAAUCAGCAUAUAGCAGCACUUUGCUGCUAUGACUCAUCUCUGCUAAGAUAUUAAACAGUAUAAAAAGUAUGACAGCAAAAUUGUCUUGGCCCUCUGGGCCCUUGCAGAGAAUACAUGUUGAAGAUUGGCAAUACCUGUGGCCUAGUCUAAUUCCCAGAUUCCACAUGCCAAGAUUUUUGCUUCUUUUUUUUUUUGGCGAAAAAGGUCAAUGAUGUCAUUUACAGUUAGUAAAGUUAGUUAACAAAAUCAGUCUCUUAUCAAUGUAUGGGAGUCUUUGCGUUGCUGCCACAGCAGUGACCGGCUUGAACACUGGGUGAACCAUUUAGCAACAUGGCGGGAAUCAAUGUCUAAAUCUUCAUAGUAAUUUGUAACAGACAUUGUGCGUUGGGCAACUCACUUCUUGCUGUAUAUUUUCUCAUUGUCUUGAUUAAUUUCGUUUUGCAUGAGGGUCAAUAAGUUGUAUUGCUUGAAGUUUUGAGGUAAUCAGAACCCUUGUAGCAAACCUGAAAAAUGUGAUAAUUUCUCCAAUCAACCUUAUGAGGGAGGGGUUUUGAAUGCAGUACCAGUGUUCCCAUUGAACUCUUCUGGUUUUAUAUCAUGUAUGUUAUGUUUCCUGGGCUCUGUUAAAAUGUUUUUCUUUUUUCACCCUCCUCUUCCAUUCACAUUCUCCUUCUUGCAUGCAUAUUUUUGUAUGAUUUAAUCUAUCCGUUUGCAAUGUCAUAUAUUUAAGUUUAUUUUAUUACCUACCACAUGUACUUAUUUGUCUGAAUGUGUCCUGGACAUCAUAUUUGCUAUAUGAAAAUUGCAUAUAAAUUUGAAAGAAAUCAUAAUUUGAUGAUGUUGGAAUGUAAGGUUCUCUCAAAGAUUUGGGUCAAAAAAAGCUAUUUAUAAUAUAGCUGAAAUGAGUCCUCACAUGUGUUUAAACUUGGACUCUUUAUUUCUAAAAUGAUACUGUUGGCUAACAGUUUAUUAAUUUAUUAUUCAUGUUGAGAUAAUGUAAAAAAGAAAAAAACUUUGCUGACUUCCCUUAACUACAAGAAACAUGGAUUGAACCUUAGAUUUCCAAGCUCAUGACUCCUUGUGAUUUUCUUUUUGUUUAUCCUAAAAGCUGAUGUGCUGUAAUGCUGUAUGUCACAUCCUCCCAUAUUUAACUGCCUUGUAAGCUUCUAACAAGUAAGGUCAGAAGAAGGCAAUCUGAAGGCAUUGACCGUUUUCCUUAAAGCAUUGGAAGAAAUGUCAAAACUAAUGUGGCUGUGAAAGAAUUGCAGUAAAUAAAGUCAGUAUUGAAAUAACUUUGCCUUGAUGUCCCAUGUAAAACAAACAACAACAAAAAACUCCAAUAAAGCA